AUGGCGUCACAGGCAAAGUACACCACGCCCACCACUACUACCACCGCCACCAAUGGGGCGGGUGAGGCCAGCACCAACGGCGCCUCGGCAGCGACCGCGAACGGCCACGCCACCAAGAAGGCCCAGCCUCUGCCGCCGCUGGCCAACAAUGGCAAGCCGCCAAAGGCGAACAAGAAGAGCGCCGGGGCGUCGUUGCACCAGUUUGGACAGCUGAUGCAGGCGUCGCGACGGCCGCUGCCCACGCAGAAUGGCGACGGCACGUACGCGACCGAGAGGGCGCAGACGGGGUUGAGGGAGGACCUCAAGGUGAUGCGCAGGCAAGACUUUCGCACGCUGCGUGCGCUCAUCAAGAAGAAGCUCAAGGGCGAGCUGAUCACGGACGACAAGACCAUGAUCAUGGAGCACGUCAUCUCGCUGGUGGCCAACCUGCCGCCCAACUCCAAGACGCGCGUCAAGCUGACCAACAACUUCCUGAGCGAGCUGUGGUACUCGCUGGAACACCCGCCCAUGAACUACAUCGGCGAUCACUACACGUACCGCACGGCCGACGGGUCCAACAACAACGUGAUUCUUCCGUCGCUGGGCGCGGCCGGCAGCACGUACUCGCGGUCGGUGCUGCCCACCAUCGUGCCGCCGGGGGCGCUGCCGGACCCCAACACCAUCUUUGACGCCGUCAUGGGCCGCACCAGCGAGACGUUCCGCAAGCACCCCAACAACGUGUCGAGCAUCCUGUGGUACUGGGCCACCAUCAUCAUCCAUGACAUCUUCUGGACCGACUACCGCGAGCCCACGCGCAACAAGUCGUCGUCGUACCUGGACCUGGCGCCGCUGUACGGCAGCAACCAGGAGAUGCAGGACUCGAUCCGCACCUUCAAGGGCGGGCUCCUCAAGCCCGACACGUUUGCCGACAAGCGCCUGCUGGGCAUGCCGCCGGGAGUCUGCGUGCUGCUCAUCAUGUUCAACCGGUUCCACAACCACGUGGCGGCCAACCUGGCUGCCAUCAACGAAAACGGGCGCUUCACGCCGCCCGACGAGCGGCGGCUCGAGGGCGAGGCGCGGGCGGCGGCGUGGAAGAAGCACGACAACGACCUGUUCCAGACGGCGCGGCUAAUCACGUCGGGCCUGUACAUCAACAUCACGCUCGUCGACUACGUCCGCAACAUUGUCAACCUGAACCGCUGCGACACCACGUGGACGCUGGACCCGCGCCAGGCCACGGGCGCCAGCGUGGGCACCGAGAAGGGCGCCGAGCGCGGCACGGGCAACGCCGUGUCGGCCGAGUUCAACCUGUGCUACCGCUGGCACUCGUGCAUCUCGGAGAAGGACGACAAGUGGGUGCAGGACUUUUACCAAGACCUGUUCGGGAAGCCGGCCGAGGACGUCAGCCAUGCCGACAUGUUCAAGGGCUUCUUCGCCUUUGAGCGCUCCAUCCCCGAAGACCCGGCCGAGCGCGAGUUUGGCGGGUUCCGGCGCGGGGCCGACGGGCGCUUCGGCGACGACGAUCUUGUCAACUGCAUCUCGGACGCUGUCGAGGACGUGGCGGGCGCCUUUGGGGCGCGCAACGUGCCGCAGGCCAUGCGGCCCGUCGAGAUCCUGGGCAUCCUGCAGGGCCGCAAGUGGAACGUGGCCGGGCUCAACGAGUUCCGCAAGCACUUUGGGCUCAAGCCGCACGAGACCUUUGAGGAGAUCAACUCGGACCCGGCCGUGGCGGACCAGCUGCGCCGCCUGUACGACCACCCGGACUUUGUCGAGCUGUACCCGGGCCUGGUGGCCGAGGAGGACAAGAAGCCCCUGGUGCCCGGAGUCGGCAUCGCGCCCACCUACACCAUCUCGCGCGUGGUGCUGUCCGACGCCGUGUGCCUGGUGCGCGGUGACCGUUUUUAUACCACCGACUACAGCCCGCGCGCCCUCACCAACUGGGGCUACAACGAGGUGCAGUACGACCUCAACGUCAACCACGGCUGCGUCUUCUACAAGCUCUUCAUCCGCGCCUUCCCCAACCACUUCAAGUACAACUCGGUCUACGCCCACUACCCCAUGGUGGUGCCCGACGAGAACCACCGGAUCCUCACCAGCCUGGGCCGCGUCGACCGCUUCGACUUUGCGCGCCCGACGGCCAUCCCGCAGCGCAUCAACAUCACCAGCUACGGCGGCGCCAAGCACGUGCUGGAGCAGCAGGACACCUUCAAGGUCACCUGGCACGAGGGGCUGCGCUACCUCAUGGGCGAGGGAGGCGCCCGCUUCAUGCUGUCGGGCGACACCCAGCUGCACGCCGGCCAGCGCGCCUGCAUGCACGCCCAGCUGUACAAGGACGGCUGGCACGCCCACGUCAAGGCCUUUUACGCCUCCAUGACGGAGAAGCUCCUGGCCGACAAGAGCUACGUGCUCGGCAAGCCGGGCAGCCGCACCGUCGACAUUGUGCGCGACGUCGGCAAUAUGGCCCACGUGCACUUUGCCUCGCGCGUCUUUGGCCUCCCGCUCAAGACGGAGCGCAACCCCAAGGGCAUCUACAGCGAGCAGGAGCUGUACACGGUGCUGUCGCUCAUUUUUGUCACCAUAUUCUUCGACAUGGACCCCGUCAAGUCGUUCCCGCUGCGCCAGGCCACCAAGACGGUGUGCGACCAGCUCGGCAAGCUCGUCGAGGCAAACGUCAAGCUCAUCAACGGCCUCGGCCUCAAGGGCCUGUUCGCGGCCAAGCCGGCGGCCGACGACCCGCUCGCCAUCUACGGCAGCAGCGUCGUCAAGGGCCUCAAGAAGGCCGGCCUGUCCAACUACGACAUCGCCUGGAGCCAGGUCCUGCCCACCGCCGGCGCCAUGGUGCCCAACCAGGCCCAGGUGUUUGCCCAGGCCGUCGACUUUUACCUGGCCGACAGGAACAAGCACUACGUCGCCGACAUCCGCGCCGUCGCGGCCCAGCCGUCGUCGCCCGAGACCGACGCCCUGCUGCUCGGCUACGCCAUGGAAGGGAUCCGCAUGGCCGGCACCUUUGGCGCGUACCGCGAGGCCGCCGCCGCCGACGUGAUCCGCGAGGACGACGGCCGCGAGGUGCGCGUCGCCGCCGGCGACCGCAUCUUUGUCAGCUUCGUCGACGCCGCCAAGGACCCGGACCGCUUCCCGGACCCGCUCGCCGUCAACCCGCGCCGCCCGCUCGAGGGCUACAUCCACUACGGCGCCGGCCCCCACGCCUGCCUGGGCCGCGAGGCCAGCCAGGUGGCCCUGACCGAGAUGUUCCGCGCCCUGUUCCGCCGCAACAACGUCCGCCGCGUGGCCGGGCCCCAGGGCGAGCUCAAGAAGGUGCCACGCCCGGGCGGAUUCUUUGUCUACAUGCGCGAGGACUGGGGUGGAAUGUGGCCGUUUCCCUGUAGCAUGCGCAUCAUGUGGGACGAGUAGUUGGGGUGGGACGAGUAUUUGGGUUGGGUCCGAGGAC